AUGUACUCGACUCUUCUCUCCAUUGCUGCCUUGGCCAUCGGCGCUCUCGCUGCUCCUGGUUCCAGUCACCUGGAAGCGCGCGCCGCGCCGGACAACACCGUUUAUGUCACUGAUCAAAACAAGUAUUGCAUGAUCAUGCCCCGUGAUGCUCAUACCAAUAUUGGCGAUUCCGAGCACCCAGGCGGAAUGAAAACUUAUUGUUCUUCCAGCGGGAGGUACGAUAACUCCCAAGGGAAACUUCCCGACAACUUUUGGAGCAAUAUCGCUUUCGCAUCCGGAACAAGUUCAAGAGGAGCCCGCUAUGCCCAGCUUACUGGGUGUAUCCGUCCGGAAACUCUGUCUCGUCUUAACCCCGAUGACGGUGGAGGACAAUACGACUCGAGCGGUGGAGACGGUGGACAGGGGAACCCUCAGGGCAGCGUCUGCCUCGGAUACAAUCACUACGUCGAACUCGUUGAACCCGCGGAAAAACGUGCCUGCAUCAAGUGCUGCGAUAAUUAUGAUGACUGCCCUCUUGAUAAAGAUACUUCCGGCUGCCCCGCUGUCAUCCCAGGCAAUUACUUCAACUGCGGUUAA